AUGUCUCUCUUCGGCUCUUCCAGCGGCCCUGCUGAACAGGCUCCUCCUGCCCCCGCUCCCCUUGCGCAAGCUGCGCCCGCCGAGAAGCCCAAGCCCUGCUGCGUCUGCAAGCCCGAGAAGACGGCCCGGGACGACUGCAUGCUGUUCUCGAAGUCCGAUGACCCGACGCAGGAAUGCAAGUCCACGAUCGACCAGUACAAGGCCUGUAUGGCUGGAUUCGGCUUCAAGGUCUAG